AUGUCUACCAACUUUAAAAGUAUCUCCAUCUCUACUACUGCUGAUUUUGUUCGCCCUACUAUUCCAGUUUAUGAGGAAAACGCGUUCUUGCAUGCUAAGUGGGUAUUUAAACGACAGUAUCCCGUUGCAAGCAAUUUCCAAUUCAUUGGGAAGCCCAUUAUUGAAGAUUUGCCAGUUCACAUCACUUUUUAUUUGUGUGAUCAUGUUGGUGCCGAUAAGAAGAAAGCUAAGAAUAGCACAGGUACUAUUGAUACUACUAACGUAGUAUCUUCUGUAGAUAAUGAUCAAGGUAGUAGCAGUAGCCAACUAGAGGCUAUGCGUCGUAAGAAGGCCCGUAUUACUAUGAAGUCUUCUAUCAAGAUGGGUUGCACUGCCAAAAUCAUUAAAUAUGUCAUGACGGACGGCACAAUCCAUGUUGAAUACCACUGGGAUCUCCUGAGAUAA